AUGGAGCGAAGCAUCGAGAUGACCAGCGCUGGUCGAGACAAUGGGCUCAGGUCGACAGACCAUGAUCUCGCGGUUAUGGCGAAGAUUGGCAAGAAGCAACAGUUCUCACGCAUCUUUGGUUUUUUGAGCACUUUGGCUCUUUCUUCGACCUUACUCGCAUCGUGGGAGUCUGUCGCAGAGUCGAUCGCAGCAGGACUCACAAAUGGCGGACCUGUGUCUCUCAUCUACGGCAUGCUCCUGUCUAUUUCUGGUACACUCGCGGUGGCGGCUUCGCUAGCAGAGAUGGCUUCUAUAUGUCCGAUUUCCGGCGCCCAAUACCACUGGACAUACAUGUUUGCACCUCCUAAAUGGGCAGCCUUCAUAACGUGGAUGCAAGGAUGGACGACUGUUUUCGCAUGGCAGGCGACCGUGACGAGUGUCACCUUCCUCACUGCGACGCAGAUUCAAGGUCUGAUGAUCUUGAACUAUCCAGACUACACACCGGAGAGAUGGCAUGGGACACUCUUAAUGUGGGCCUAUCUCGCAGUUCUUUUCGCGGCAAAUGUAUGGGGCAUACGCCUCCUACCUCUGAUCGAGCUGAUGGGUGGUGUCUGCCACAUUGCAUUCUUCGUCAUGAUGCUGAUCGUUUUGGUCGUCCUGUCGCCCCGCAGCUCCGCAGAGUUCGUCUUCACGACAUUCACGAAUGGAGGCGGCUGGCAGAGCGAUGGGGUAUCGUGGUGUAUUGGACUUCUGACUGUCGUCUACUCCUUCGUUGGGUUCGACGGAGCCAUUCACAUGAGUGAGGAGGUGAAAGAUGCCGCGACGACAAUCCCCAAAGUCAUCAUCCUUACCAUUGUCAUCAAUGCAACUCUGGCCUUUGCCUUCCUGAUCGCUCUACUCUUCUGUCUCGGCGACAUCGAGACAGUCUUGAGCACUCCGACCGGAUACCCGAUCAUCGCCAUAUUCGUACAGGCUACGAACUCCAACGCCGCAGGGACUGUCAUGGAAGCUGGUUUGAUCAUUAUCGCAUUCGCCUCUGGCUUUGCUCUCCUGGCAUCUGUAUCUCGUCUGACGUUCGCAUUCGCAAGAGAUGGAGGCAUGCCCUUCUCCAAGUUCUUCGCACACGUCGAUCCCCACUACCACAUCCCGAUUCGCGCAAUCAGCUUGGUGUGUGUUGUUAUUAUGCUCCUCUCCCUAAUCAAUAUCGGCUCCUCGAUCGCCUUAUACGCCAUUCUUUCGCUAUCUAGUCUCGCGCUCUACGUGUCCUACCUGGUCCCAAUCUCGCUUCUCGCACUUAAACGCAUUCGAGGCGAGCCGAUUCCAUUUGGCCCGUGGACCCUUGGAAAAUUUGGCUUAUUCAUCAACCUCUACGCUAUCGCCUUCGGCAUUUUCAUCAUCAUCUUCCUGCCCUUCCCAGCAGCCACGCCGGUCUCAGCGACAUCUAUGAACUAUGCUGCUCCAGUUUUCGUCUUCCUAGAACUCGUGGCAUUGCUUGAUUGGUUCAUAAGAGGCAGAAAGCACUAUGCUGGCCCGUUGAAGGAAGCAACAGUGAUGACGGAUGAGAACAAAACGCCAACCGUGGAGAUCGUACAAAGCAGUGCAGACAAGAUGAUGUAA